UUCAGCUGCGUCCGUGGAGUAAACGAAUAGCAAUAGCAAGGAGUGCUGCAGUUGUGACUGUGUUAUCACUCAUCACGCUAGCUGUGUGCUAGGCUCUUUCAUAAAUAGUCAGCCAAGCCCAGUGCAACCCAGCUAGCUCCACUGUCAAACGUCAGAUCGAGGAGAUGAUUUGCUGUAGAUGCCGUAGUCCAGCAUGAGCGUGAAAGCCUUCGAGUUGGUCCCCGCCGUGGAGCGGGACCUCCUGAUGGGGGACAAGGCUCGGAUCAACAUCGAGUGCAUCGAGUGCUGCGGGAAGCACCUGUACGUGGGCACCAACGACUGCUUCAUACAUCACUUCCUGCUGGAGGAGCACACCACGCCCAAGGGCAAGCUGGCCUUCUCCGCCCAGAAGCUGCUGCACAAGUACCUGGGCCUGAAGAAGCCCGUCAACGAACUGAAGGCCGCCUCGGCCCUGGAGCGCCUCAUCGUCCUCUGCGACAACAGCGUGACCGUGGUCGACAUGGUCAACCUGGAGCCCGUCUCGUCGGGCGGGGCCCGCAUCAAGGGCGUGGUCUCCUUCUGCCUCAACGAGAACCCGGUCAACGGCGACCCCUUCUGCGUGGAGCUGGGGGUGAUCGCCACCAAACGGCGGACGGUGCAGAUCUACAUGGUGUACGAGGACAGGGUGCAGUUGUUCAAGGAGGUGUCCACCCCCGAGCAGCCCUGCGCUGUCUGUCUGGACGGCUACUUCCUGUGCCUGGCUCUGUCCACGCAGUACAUGAUCCUCAACUACAGCACCGGAGCCUCCCAGGACCUCUUCCCCUACGAUAGCGAGGAGAAGAAGCCCAUCGUCAAGAGGAUCGGGAGGGAGGAGUUCCUCCUAGCGGCCCCUGGUGGCCUGGGGAUGUUUGCGACGGCGGAGGGGGUGUCGCAGCGCGCCCCGGUGAACUGGUCGGAGAGCGUCCUCGGAGCGGCCGUGUGCUUCCCGUACGUGCUGGCGCUGGACGAGGGCUUCGUCACCGUGCACAGCAUGCUGGACCAGCAGCUCAAGCAGACGCUGUCCUUCAGAGAUGGACACAUCCUGCAGGACUUCGAAGGGAAGGUGGUGCUGGCCUCAACAAAGGGGGUGUACGUGCUGGUCCCCCUGCCCUUGGAGAGACAGAUCCAGGACCUGCUGACGGGACACCGUGUGGAGGAGGCCCUCACUCUGGCUGAGGGCGCAAGGAGAAACAUCCCCAAAGACAAGUUCCAGAUCAUGCACAGAAGAAUCCUUCAGCAGGCAGGAUUCAUACAGUUUGGACAGCUUCAGUUUCUAGAAGCAAAAGAACAUUUCAGAAAGGGCCAGCUGGACGUGCGGGAACUCAUCUCCCUAUACCCGCUGCUGCUGCCCUCCACCUCCUCCUUCACGCGCUGCCACCCGCCGCUCCACGAGUUUGCCGACCUGAACCAGUUGGCCCAGGGCGACCCGGAGAAGGUGCAGCGCUGCAAGCUCUUCCUCAUCAGCUACCUGCGUGAGGCACGCAGCACCGAGGGGGCCAACGGCUGCCGGGAGGACGUGGACACGGCCCUGCUCAAGCUCUACGCCGAGGCCAGCCACGAGAGCCUGCUGGACCUGCUGGCCUCCGAGAACGCUUGCCUGCUGGCCGACAGCGCCCCCUGGCUGGAGAAGCACCACAAGUAUUUUGCACUAGGACUCCUCUACCGUUAUAACAGCCAGGAUGAUGCGGCAUUGCAACUGUGGGUUAAGGUUGUAAACGGAGACCUUCAGGACUCGACCCGGGCCGAUCUCUUUGAUUACAUUGUCGACUUCCUGAGUUUCUGUCCCAACCUGGACCUGGUCUGGAAGUAUGCAGAAUGGGCCUUACAGAGAGAUCAGAAGGUUGGUGUCCAGAUCUUCACAAGGAGAGCUGUGAGUGAUGACCAGACUGACCAGAUGAACCCAGAUGCCAUAAUCGAGUACCUACACAAGUACCAGCAGGCCACAGUUCUGUAUCUGGAGCACCUUGUUCUGGAAAGGAGAUUACAGAAGGAGAAAUUCCACACACACCUGGCUGUUCUGUACCUGGAUAAAGUGCUAGGAUUGCUUUCCCAGAGCCCCACUCUGACUCAGGAGGUCACUGAGGCUCGGGAACAGCUCCAGAACCUUCUCAAGGAGUCCAAUCUCUACCGAGUCCAGCUGCUACUGGGUAAACUCCAGGAAUCAGAGCUGCUGCUUGAGCGCGCCACGCUACACGGGAAGUUGGAGGAGCACGACAAGGCGCUGCACAUCCUGGUGCACCAGCUGAAAGACUUCCCCGCCGCCGAGGCCUACUGCCUGUGGGCCUCGGCCUCCCGGAACCAGGAGCACCGACAGCGCCUCUUCCACCUCCUGCUGGGCGUGUACCUGGACUCGGACGCCCCCGGAGACGAGCACACAGUGGCGGCCGUGGACCUGCUGAACCGCCACGCGGGAAUGUUCGACGCCACGCAGGUGCUUUGCCUCCUCCCUGAGGGCUGGUCCCUGCAGCUGCUCCGGCCCUUCCUGAGCGGGGCCCUGAGGGGCGCCAUGCACGCCCGCCGCACCUCCCAGGUGGCCCUGGGGCUGGCCCGCUCCGAGAACCUGCUGCUGAAACACGACAGGCUGAAGUACCGAGGUGGGCCGGUCGUUGUGUCGGAGAAGAAGGGAUGCCAGUUGUGCCAUAACACUUUCACCGAGCCGGACUGCGUGUGCCUGCCCGGGGGAGUGCCCGUCCACACGCACUGCGCUGCCCAGAGGGCCAGAGACUCGCCCAGGAAACGGCAAAGCACCAACCCCAGCAACCACACAUGAGCCCUGCCCACUUACUGCUCUGCUCGCCUGCGGGGUUUCACCAGGAGGGGGGCGAACAGACUGGUGCGAAAGGAGGGGAGGAUAAGCACAGGCCCGUCAAAGACCCUGCCCAGGAGAGACUAGCCCUCGUAGAGCGUCAAACACAACGACACUCUGGCUUUCCCCUCCCACAAACAGACUCCGCUCUGCUCAAACGUGGGAGGGAGUAGUGGGGAGCUGUUUGUCCGCGAUUAUCUCUCCGGUCAAAGAUUAAGGCUGAUAGACUAACUGUGAAUACUGUCCUUCUAAAAAACUGAAAACCUGAUUUCCAUCAAAUGCAGUGGCAGAAAAAGAAAGUAAACUUUUAAGUUAAAACUUUAAAAAGCUGAAAAUUAAACUUUGACGCACCAAAAGGGCUGUGGCAGUUCUACAUUUCAGUCUUUCCCUUUAAAUCUCUUGUCCCUGGCUGAUCCUGGGACUGGGAGUUCGCGGGUGAACCUCUUGCGUGGCUAUAACUCUGUCACAGGUGCAGACACCUGUGGCUAAGCCCUGUUCCUGAGCAGAUACAGGUGAGAGAGUUUCGGGAGAGAGUUCCCCAGUAUCCCCUCUGCUCUUAACCCUAACCAAACCCUCAUACCCUUCAUUUCCACCUCUGGAGAUUUGUCCAGAUUUGGGGUAAGGGUGAUGCAUUUUCCCCUGUUGAACGAUCUCUCGUUCAUUAAUUAAUUGCAAAAAAAUGGCAGAUGAACUGGACUGGGAUUGACGUGCGCCGAACUUGAUGUGAGGGGGAGAUGUUCUUUAAAUUUUAGCCUUAACGGUCUUGGAGUCAGAAUGGUUGGCUUGGCCAGUUCCAUCUAUUUGAAGGCAUCUCUGUCAUCCCUCUUGGGAAAGCACAUGAGAGAGGUGCCAAAGCAAUUUGUGCAAUUUUGAAUUUCAGUGAGUCAUUUUUGCUGAAUUUGAAAGAGGCACACUGGUUUACUUCACUGUAUUUAUUUAUUUAGCCAACAGCCCUUUUACUGCCCCUUACAUAGUUAAAAUAUGACACGCUUUCCAUUUCUGCUGUACCUACGGCAGACUUUCAUUCAGGAUUCAAGCAAACUUUUAUUUUGGUGGCCAUUUUGUAUUUACAGUAGAAGGAGAAAAAGGGAAAUGUAGUUCUUGGUAGUGGUUUGGAGUAUAGGAGGGAAAACUACAAAUCACAGCGGGUUCCCAAAUAUUUUCAGUGUCUACUGUAGCUCUUAUGGUGGAGCUUUUCAAAAAUACCUAGGGUUUCAGCGGUUUUGUUUGUAUUUUAUUAAUGUGCAAUGCAAAGUUCAGAUGAACCAUGCCUUUUAAUGAUGAAAUCCUCAUUUGUGGGAAAUGCUAUGGUAUAGUCAGCUCGAAUGUGUUUCUGCUGGGAAAGAUUUGAAGAGCACAAACCUAUGAGGGAGGAUUCAUGGAUACCCACAGCCCCCUUCUCUUUUUGUAACUUAGAUCUUCCCCUUGUAUACUUCUACUACUCCUCCUUCUCUCCAGGGGGAAUUGACAUCAUCUUAAAGCGGGUGUGUUUGGAGGGUAUCGCGUUUACCCCAGCGUAAUGCAUUACCCUUGAGGUUUGCGUUGUGCUGUUCCCUAAGUGUGCUUUACUCUCCCGCAUCCUUCCUACUUCCUGUCUUGAACAGGAAGUCAAGCUUUGCUUUAGUGCUAACUAGUAUUUCAGCCUCAGGAGACUUUCAGCCUCUGAUUGAUGACGUCUUGCGAUUAAACAGGCCAGUGUAAGAAGCCCAGCUUUAUUGUGUGAAAGCCUUACCCCCCCUACAGUGUAACCGACUGUUUUUGGCAUUCUGUUCUUCGUUUGCAUAUCAUUUGUCCGAGACCAGGGGUCUGCAUCCCUGGUACCGGAGAGUUGCAGGGUCUCCGGGAAUUGGUUUUCACUUAAAAAUCAGCAACCGGUUCAGCCUCAAGAAGCCAGGAUAGUUGAGUUAACUUUAUUUAACCACUUUAAUACGUGCUAAGUCUCGACAGAAAAUGGCACACUGCCACUCUCCAGGGCCAGGGAUACAGACCCCGGUCCCAGACCAUGUGCUCUGGUGCACUGUUCUGUGUUGCAUGCCAGGGUUUAAUCAUUAUAGCUGACUUUAACCCAGUUUUUAAAUGAUGGCUUUAUCAUUAAAAACAGACUGUAAUGUGAUUUGAUACAGAUGAGAUGUAUUGAGUGUAAAGCUUUAGCAUUUAAAACGUUUUUUUGUAAGAAAAACUGCUCCCGGAUACUUGAAUAUGUACAUAUGAACAUAUUUUAUAUUUUUUAAUCAUGUGCAUUAAGUUCUUUUCUAACACAAGAAGCUAUCAGAGGGCAGAAUGUCAGAACACAGUUACAGCGAGCGCCGACAUCCCAGCGUUUCUACUGCAUCGUGCUCUGCUCUUCCAGCAGUACCAGGGGUCCUAGAUCAUCAAGCACCGCCAUAUGACCUCACACAGCUGGAGCAGUAAAACUGAUAUUGGUGUAUUGUCUCUCUUGGGUUCAGGAGUGUAGGACACACCUCAGCUCUCGUGUGUUGAUUUAAUCAUUGUGCAGAUGGUUUUAGGUCUAUGCUAGGAAUUAGGUGGACAGCGUUAGUUGCCGGGCUGAGGGCAGAGGAACACAAUGACCGCAGUGACA